AUGGUAAACCUGUGCCUCAGAAGGCUGCAAUUUCUGCUCGUCUUUCAUGUAAUACUGCGUGCUCACUUUGCUCAGCCCCAAACCAAUCCCCUGAUUGAUUCCGUACACCACCACAACUGCCGACACGAAGCUCCAGUGGAGCUCGUUGCUCAGCUUCUUCAAGAAAUUAAAAGGGCUCAAAAUCAGGCAAAAAAUCCCGUUCUUAGGGGCUUUUCCCCUCUGGCAAUGCUCUUCUUGAAGUGGGGAUUUAUCUGCAAGGAUUCAACGUGUGGAUUCAAGAAAGAGAUGGAUUUGCCGAGAAAGAGGCUUUGUGGAGAAGACGUGAAUUUAGGUGGAAGUGAACUGUGGAGUGGAGGACCGGAGAGUGGAAGAGAGGAGAAAAAAGAAAACAGUCGAGAUGGGUUAGAUAUCCGAGCCAUUAGUCAACGCCUUCGAUCUGUUAUCAACGGGCCGGACAUCGGGCUUUCGUGUUUGGGCCUCUUGGACAAUUUGGGCUUUAAGAUAUUUUGUUCAGUUAAUUUCAAGAUAGGCAACAGUAUAUUUUGGAUUUCGGCUUUAAUUUUGGAAGAAUUGUCGAUUCAAUUAAAUUAA